GUCACUCUUGAUUGUGAGUCUGGAUGAGAGAGAGGUUGAAGGAAAACAGUAUGGAGCUGCCAAGAAGCAUAGAGAGCCGGGGACAUGACUGCCCACUGGACUGAGAGUAAAAGCCGCAGACAUCAGCCUGAAUGAUUACGGUGAGGAGAGAAGCUUGGCCGGGCUUUUCAGAGUGGGAUAAGUGUCUCCAAGGUGACAGACAGAGCUGUGACUAGCAACAACACAAACAAUGGAGGUGCCUCUCGUUAAUUUUGAAAACAUGGAUGAUGUGGGUAUCAACCUGGGUGACCCAAGUGACUCUGGAUACCCGACCUCACCCACCUCAGAGGCACCAGAUCAGAAUCUCCUUACACAUCGUCUUUCAUCGCCUCAUCAGUCGCCGCUCAGAGGGAGAAGGCGGCAUUUGUCUGGACAGGAGAGGCUAUCCCCGACCUCCCCUACAACUGUGACCACCAAGGCAAACUCCAGCAGUGGCAGUCUGAUUUCCAAUUUGAAGCUUCUCAUAAACAGUGAGUCUCCCACAGACAGCGUCUUCAGUAAAAUGGUCAAAGACUGCUAUGAGAAUGAAGAUCUCUUUGACAAACGUUGUUUAGAAGAAAGAGAUGAGAAAGUUGUUAUCAAUAUCUCAGGCCUUAUGUUUGAGACCCAGCUCAGCACACUAAAUAAGUUUCCAGAAACACUUCUUGGUGACCCGAUGAAGAGGAUAAGCUACUUUGACCCAAUGAGGAAUGAGUACUUUUUUGACCGAAACCGCCCAUCUUUUGAUGGCAUUCUUUACUACUAUCAAUCUGGAGGCAGGCUCCGGAGACCAGCGAACGUUCCUUUAGAUGUUUUUGCAAAUGAAAUACUUUUCUAUGAACUGGGUCAUGAGGCCAUGGAGCAGUUCAGAGAAGAUGAGGGGUUUAUCAAGGAGCCAGAAGUUCUUUUGCCUACCAAUGAACUCAAGCGGCAGUUCUGGUUGUUGUUUGAGUACCCCGAAAGCUCCAGUGCAGCCAGAUCAGUGGCUCUUGUCUCUGUAUUUGUAAUUGUCAUCUCUAUUUUCAUUUUUUGCCUUGAGACUCUCCCAGAGUUUAGAGAAGAUGAUGACGCAAAUGUUGCCCACUUUGUCAAUGGGACUCAGGACAGUUCUGCCACACAACCUAAAGACAUAAUGGCAUUUUUGACAGAUCCAUUUUUUAUUGUGGAGACUAUUUGCAUCAUCUGGUUUUGCUUUGAAGUGGGUGUCCGUUUUGUGGUCUGCCCUAGCAAAAGUGAUUUUUUCAAUAAUAUUAUGAACAUUAUUGACAUAGUAUCAAUUAUUCCUUAUUUUGUAACAUUGGGAACAGAGCUGGCAGCGACCCCUGAAGGUGAUGAGGGGAACUCCAAUCAGAACAUGUCACUGGCCUUUAUUCGGAUAAUCCGUCUUGUAAGAGUUUUCCGCAUUUUUAAGCUUUCACGCCACUCAAAAGGACUUCAGAUCUUGGGGCAGACCUUAAAAGCCAGUAUGAGGGAAUUGGGGCUUCUUAUCUUCUUCCUUUUUAUAGGAGUCAUCUUGUUUUCAAGUGCCAUCUACUUUGCAGAAGUGGAUGAACCUCAGACACAGUUUGUGAGUAUCCCUGAUGGCUUCUGGUGGGCAGUGGUAACAAUGACCACAGUAGGUUAUGGAGAUAUGUGUCCAAUUACAAUGGGGGGCAAAAUGGUUGGUACUCUGUGUGCCAUUGCUGGUGUUCUGACCAUUGCCCUGCCUGUCCCGGUCAUCGUUUCCAACUUUAACUAUUUUUACCAUCGAGAGACUGAGCAGGAGGAGAAGCAGAUGAUGGAUGCUGCGGCUGAGGCAGCUCAAAAAUCAUCAGCUGCAAACAAGUAUGGGAGCACGCCUUCACUCAGUAAAAGUAAUGGAACAUGGCAGAAUGAGAAAAAUGGUAUGCACUAAUGCAGAGACAAGUGGAUUAGAUCAUUCUAUUAUUCUUUAUACAGGUGGUGCAUUAGUACGUAAGAUGACAGUAUUAAUAGGCACUGUGUGGUGGACCCGCCUUACACAAGUUGUCUGUCUUCUUGUGAAUGUGUCAAAGUGCAUUUAACACAACUUGAAAAUGUCAAACUUGAGGUGGUAUGUGGAGUUUCAUUAUCAUCUUCAUCUGGAGCAGUUUGGAAUUUGAAUAGAAUUCAUAUCAAAGACAAAUUUAGAGUAACAAAAUUGUUUAAAGAUAAGAUGACUGAAGAAAACAGAGGCAUUUAAAAUUAAAUAUUUGUAUAGUUCACGUUACAGCAUAGCCCAAUGGUACUCUAAUCAGCAAAAGCGAGGUAGUGUCAAGGGCAUUCAUGUUGUCCAGUGUAAGUCAAUGCUUAAACAUUGUCUUCUCAGCAGAUCUAUACAGUAAACCGUCAGCUCACAGCAGCUCUCCAUAUGACUCAGCGUAACACUAUCUGGGUGAUGAAUAGCUGGCAUGUUAGCACAUCGGCUGUUAAUCUUGUAGAUAGGCUGCAAAGUACAAAAUGAAACUAAAACCUGUUUAGCAUGCACUGGUCACAGGUAUGUGACUGUUGAGUGAAAUAUGUCAUUAUCAGUAAUAGUUUUUAAUUAUUGUUCAUAUUUAUGAAACCUAUGUGAGUAGCACAUUGAAUAUACCCUUUAAAACAAUAUCAACGAACUGUACUAAAAUGUAUAUUUUACAUCAUAAUCACUUUGAAGCUUUAUAUUAGUUGCUGUUGAUAUUAAACAGAGCAAUAUAUUUUUUUGUAAAAUCACUAUCAUGUCCCUAAAUAUAUGACGGUGGUGGUGGUGUCUUCUUUUAUUCAAUAGACUCAAAAAUGACAGAAUAUAAUUUUAAGAAGGCACUUGAAGGGAAGAAUUGGGCUAAGACUGAACUUCUGUCUUGUAUUGUAUGUAUUCAUCACUCAUUGGAAUUGCAUGGCAUUUUGUAACGAAAGAAAAGAAGUUUGUGCAGUGUAGCUCAAUACACCUAGCCAACAAACAGAAACUGUAAACAGUAGAUGUGUAGUUUCAGUGUAUUUAGCUCCUCCCUUCAGAUAAAUAUAAAACAGUGUCCACCAGCAAUCUGACCAGAACUGUGGCUUGGAUGACCAGUGAAACAUCUUCACUGAAUCAACUCUUUGUCCAGCUGACAUUUGAAUUUUUCUUUUAUCAUCAGCUAUGAGGACAAUGAAAUUAUGUAAUGCUCUUUAUAUUUUAUGAUAUUUAACUCCAAAAGAAAGGCCAAUACUUAAAAUAGAUAGAAACAAAAUAUUUAUAUGUCGUAUGGGAUAAUAUGGUACUAUAUAUGCAUGCUUAAUUUCAGCCUUGAGAAUGUACUGUAUGUGACAUUAUUAUACAUGAAUACCUCUUGUGUACUGUAAAAAUAUAGUAGGAAUUUUACCUCAGCAGUUGCCUUUCAAUAUCGUAUGAUAUGCAAUAAUAUUACUGGCAAUAAUUAUAAUAAUGUCUGGUUGAAAACUUGAAGGCUUUUAGUUGUUUUCAGACUCUCGAAUGUGAUGAUGUAUUAACACACUCAGAUGAGGGGCAGGAAGCUGUUUUUUUUUUUUUCUGGAGGCUUGACUAUAGUGUUCAUAUGAACUAAACACAUUGUAAGUCUACAAAGGAUGGAUCAUCCUUAACUCAGUACUAUAUCAUAAACCAUACCAAUACCAAAUAUACAGUUCACCUGCUCCCUAUCUGAAAUAAUGACUUUAAGCCAUUAGAAUGUUGUGAUGUCAUCUAAAAACCAGCAAUCAUUUUCUGAAUGUAAACUGCAUUGGAAUGAAAAUUAGCACUUUAGUGAGUUACCAAGCACUUAAUGUUUGAGGACUGUUACUGUAUGUGACAAUAAUGUACAAAAGGUAACAUUUGCUAUGAACUGUUAA